AUGUCUACUGCUUUGCGUCUGCUCUACUCUUCCUCCCGGCCAGGCACCUUUGCAGCCAGCCCCGGCCUUGUUCGCCCUUUCAGUCUGACUGUUUAUAGAGGGAGUUACAAAUAUGUGAAUGCUCAGGACUUACCCACUGACAUGAGGUCCAUCACAGACCGUGCUGCACAGACGCUCCUGUGGACUGAACUCUUCAGAGGGCUUGGGAUGACUAUGAGUUAUCUGUUCCGGGAACCAGCUACCAUAAACUACCCGUUUGAGAAAGGUCCUCUGUCGCCCCGUUUCCGUGGUGAACAUGCACUGCGCAGGUAUCCCAACGGAGAGGAGCGCUGCAUUGCAUGCAAACUGUGUGAGGCUAUCUGCCCAGCUCAGGCCAUCACCAUUGAGGCAGAGACCCGUGCAGAUGGCAGCAGGAGAACAACACGAUAUGACAUCGACAUGACAAAAUGCAUCUACUGUGGUUUCUGUCAGGAGGCUUGCCCUGUGGACGCUAUUGUAGAGGGCCCAAACUUUGAGUUCUCGACGGAGACUCACGAGGAGCUGCUGUAUAACAAGGAGAAGCUUUUAAACAAUGGGGAUCGCUGGGAGGCAGAAAUUGCUGCCAACAAUCAGGCUGAUUACCUGUACAGAUAA